AUGUCAAAUAUUUCAGGUGAUGAAGGAAGUUUCUCCUCAGGACACAAUGGAGAAGAGGUUCAUCAAGAAAGCCAGCAGCCACAGCUACAAAAGCACCUUCAUGACUCAAGUUCAGGACCAUCCAGUGCUAGCAAUAGCAAUGGCUCCAUUAAUGAACAACAAACCAAGAAGAAAAGAAACCUUCCUGGAACACCAGGCAAAUACUCAAAUACCCUUCACUUCAAUUUUUAUCCUAAUGCUGAAGUUGUUGCUUUAUCACCAACCACAUUGAUGGCAACAAAUAGAUUCGUCUGUGAGAUUUGCAGCAAAGGUUUUCAAAGGGACCAAAACCUUCAGUUGCACCGCAGAGGUCACAAUCUUCCAUGGAAACUAAGGCAAAGAACAAGCACUGAGGUGAAGAAACGGGUCUAUGUGUGUCCUGAGCCAUCAUGUGUCCAUCAUAACCCAGCUCGUGCAUUAGGAGACCUCACUGGCAUAAAAAAACAUUAUAGCCGCAAACAUGGUGAGAAAAAAUGGAAGUGUGACAAGUGCUCUAAAAGAUAUGCAGUCCAAUCUGAUUGGAAGGCCCACCAGAAAACAUGUGGUACUAGGGAAUACAAAUGUGAUUGUGGAACCAUAUUUUCCAGGAGAGAUAGUUUUAUCACCCACAGAGCUUUCUGUGACGCAUUAACUGAAGAAAACAAUAGAGUGAACCAGGGAUUAACAAGUGGCAUGCCACCAAACUUGCAAAAUCAAAUGCCGGAUCUUAUGUCUACCAUGCCUCUAAACACUUGUUCCAAUACAGCAUCCGAAUUGAGGGACUAUGACCCUAAGAACCCUCUAAAAUCACUUCCCCAAGAACUUGUCCCAAUACCAUUCAAGGGUGGAGGCAUGUUCUCCACCAAUGCAGGUCCACUUUUUGGUGCCCCAAAAAGCAUGUCUCCCUCUUCUUCCACCCUUCAGCUUAGUUCCAAUACCUCAUCAUCAACCUUCAAUUACUUGCAAGACAACAAAAACGGAGCACUAGUUUCUGCCUCAGCUCAGAUGUCAGCAACAGCUUUAUUACAAAAAGCAGCACAAAUGGGCUAUGUUAGUAGCAUGGCCGGUCCUGAUCAAGUUUCUUCCGCUAGACCACAAUUUUCUGCUCCUAUUCUUCAGCAUAACCCUUCAUUUGAUCACUUCCCUUCUCAGCCUGAUUUGUCUAACAUUGCUGGGGUGAGUGGUGGAGGAGCAUUCACCAACCAAUUGUUUCAUAAAGGACAAGAAGAAAUUUCACAACUUUUUGAUACUAACACUACUGGGUCUACAAUCAAUGAUGUAGGAAUGUUUAACCAAAUGUCAAUGGGAAGUGGGCACAACCAAGGGUUGAUGAAUAAUGUGGAACAAGAGAGUUGUAAUGGUUCGAGCUUGAUCCGUGGAAGAGAUGGAACUAAAGGUAACCCAAUGCAGGCAUCAAGGUUUGGAGGGAAUGACAUGACAACGGUUCAUGAUUUCUUGGGCAUUGGAGGGUCAACUUCAAGAGCUAGGUCAGAAAUUAUGAACCACUUUCAUCACCAUCUUCCACAUGAGGAUUCAGCUAUGGAGGAACCCAUUUGGGAUGUUUGA